AUGGGGCUGCUGCGCUGGUUGCCUGCGCUGCUCGUGCUGCUGCGACCGCCGGGGGUCCAGCCCGCGGACCCCAUCCGGGCCUUUGUGGUGCCCCACAGUCACAUGGACGUGGGCUGGGUCUACACGGUCCAGGAGAGCAUGCGGGCAUACGCUGCCAACGUCUACAGCUCUGUGGUGGAGGAGCUGAGCCGAGGGCCGCAGCGCCGUUUCAUCAUAGUGGAGCAGGAAUUCUUCCGGCUGUGGUGGGACAACGUCGCCUCGGACACGCAGAAACGCCAGGUCCGCCAGCUCUUGGACACACAACGCCUGGAGUUUGUCCUCGGAGGCCAGGUCAUGCAUGACGAGGCUGUGACCCACAUUGAUGACCAGAUCCUACAGCUCACAGAGGGACAUGGCUUUCUCUACGAGACAUUCGGGAUCCGGCCACGUUUCUCCUGGCACGUCGACCCCUUUGGGGCAUCUGCCACGACUCCCACGCUGUUUGCCCUGGCCGGCUUUGAUGCCCAUCUCAUCUCCCGAAUCGACUAUGACCAGAAGGAGGCCAUGCAGGAGGCCCAGGAACUGCAGUUCGUGUGGCGAGGGUCCCCAUCGCUGGCUGAGCACCAGGAAAGCUUCACACACAUAAUGGAUCAAUACAGCUACUGCACUCCCUCCCACAUCCCCUUCUCCAACAGGUCUGGGUUUUACUGGAACGGUGUUGCCGUCUUCCCAGAGCCGCCCCCGGAUGGGGUGUACCCCAACAUGAGCGAGCCCGUCACCCAGGCUAACAUCGACCUCUAUGCGGAGGCCCUAGUGGCCAACGUGAAACAGAGAGCUGCCUGGUUCCGGACGCCCCACGUCCUCUGGCCCUGGGGAUGUGACAAGCAGUUCUUCAACGCCUCGGUGCAGUUCUCCAACAUGGACCCCCUCCUGGAUCACAUCAACAGCCGCGCAGCCGAGCUGGGCGUCUCGGUGCAAUACGCCACGCUGGCCGACUACUUCAGCGCGCUGCACGCCCUCAAUGCCACCUGGAACACACGAGCCCACCAGGAUUUCCUGCCGUACUCCUCAGAACCCUUCCAGGCCUGGACAGGCUUCUACACGUCCCGCAGCACCCUCAAGGGGCUGGCGCGGAGAGCCAGCGCCCUGCUGCACGCCAGCGAGUCCAUGUUCACACGCCACAUGUGGCCGGCACCCAGAGGGACCCUGGACCCGACCUGGGCCCUGCAGCAGCUUCAGCAGCUCCGCUGGGCCGUGUCUGAGGUCCAGCACCAUGACGCCAUCACAGGCACCGAGUCCCCCAAAGUGAGAGACAUGUACCAGCAGCACUUGGCUGUUGGGAUGCUGGGCGCACAGAAGCUGAUGGCUGCCAUCAUCCUCGACCAGCUUACCCCUGGGGAGCGGCCGGCAACAGACCCUGGCGCAGCGUCUGAAGGACACUCUGCGAUGGUCUACAACCCGCUGGCCUGGACGGUCACCACCAUUGUCACCCUGACGGUUGGCUUCCCCGGAGUCCUUGUCACAGAUGAGUCGGGCCGCCCGGUGCCUGCACAGAUCCAGAACUCUACAGCGACCCCAUCCGCAUACGAUCUGCAUAUCUUGACCACAAUCCCGGGCCUCAGUUACCAACACUACCGCAUCAGACCCACCACACGGGUCCAGGAGGGUGUGCGGGAGCCAGCCGCCACUGUGGCCAGCACCACCCAGUUUGGCCGCAAGCUCAGGAGACGCACCAGCUCCAGGGACCGGCAUCUGGUGCCCGUGGUGAAUGACUGCUACACACUCUUCAUGGACCCAAACACCAACCUGAUGCACAGCAUCCGGGAGAGCUGGAGGAACCGGACCGUGCACAUGACCCAGGAGCUCCUGGAGUACCACGCCAAUGGUGACGUGAAGCAGGGUCCCAUUUCUGACAACUACCUGUUUGCAGCCCACCAGGCUGCCCUUCCUGCCUGGGGUGCUGUGGGGAUGGAGAUCAUGACUGGGAAGCUCCUGACCGAGGUCCGGCAGUACUUCUACAGGACCCCAACGGACAAGGAGCACACCUACGCCAUCCACACCCGGCUGGCCCAUGUGUCACCUCAGGGCUCUGACGACCGGGAGCUGCUCUGUGGGCGCAUCGAGCAAGAAUACCGGGUGGGCCCCCUGGAUCUGAACCGGGAGGCUGUGCUUAGGACUAGCACUGAUCUGGACAACCAGCAGGUCAUCCACACGGACAACAACGGAUACCAGAUGCAGCGCAGGCCCUACCGGACACAUGCCAACAACAGCAUCGCCCGGAAUUACUAUCCCAUGGUCCAGGCAGCUUUCAUCGAGGACAGCCAGAGCAGGCUGGUGUUGCUGUCAGAGAGGGCGCACGGCGUCUCCAGCCAGGGUGAUGGGCAGCUGGAGGUCAUGCUGCACCGACGACUGUGGAACAACCUCGAGUGGGACCUGGGCUACAACCUCACACUCAACGACACCUCGGUGGUCCGGCCCACGCUCUGGCUACUCCUGGGGCCCCGGCCAGUUACUGCUGCGCUGGGCCCGAGGGGCGGGCUGGCUCUGCAGCACAGGCCUGUGGUAUGGUACGGGGAGCUGACCGGUACUGCCCCAGGGCCCCCAGGACGAUGGCAGCAGACGUCUGUGACUCUGCCCCCAAACCUUCAUCUGCAGACCCUGAGCCUCCCUGGCUGGACCUACAAGUCAAACCACACGGAGCAUCAGCAGGGUCUCCAAGCAGGCCGCCGAGGAGAGACCAACCUUCGCCGUGUGCUGCUGCGGCUCCACCAUCUGUAUGAAGUAGGGGAGGACCCCGUCCUGUCUCAGCCAGUGACAGUGGACCUGCAGUCCAUCCUUCAGGGCCUGGGGACCCUGGGGGCCGUGGAGGAGCGCUCACUCACGGGGACCUCGGACGUACACAAGCUGGGCCGCUGGAGCUGGAGGACACGGACCCGUCUUCCCCACGAAGGCGACUCCAGCCCCACUCCGCGGCCGCCAGAAGACGCCACCAUCAGAGUCCACCCCAAGGAAAUCCGGACGUUCUUCGUUCACUUCAGAGAGCCAUCUGGGGCAGCACACCCACCAACCCUGACACUUGUGUACACCCAGAUCUCCCACAACACAGGGCGAGCAACCGCCGUGAACAACUUCAUAUCCACUCAGGCUAGGUCUCUGCGCCCAGCAAAUGAUGACGAUGGUUUUCUUUGCUGGAGCUGCUACGACCAGAGUUGUGGUGGA